AUCCAUUUACAGUAGGAAUGACAGAGGAUGUAUAAUUCUGUUAGACAGCCUCUCUUUACAGUAAAACUGUGACACAGUGUCUGCUCAGACUGUGUGAGGUGCAGGGGUUUUCAGUGAGAGAUGCGGCAUCUGUACAUUAUUGUGAGUGGUAUAGCCCAGUUUGGUGAUGUGUUAUUUCCUGGGAUCCUUAAUGGCUUUGCAGAUGAGUUGCUAUAGAAACCAGAGUGCAGUGCACACAGUAUGUGUGUGUGAAUGGAGGAACGUCUGUUUGGCCACACACGCUAUCUGAAGAGAAGAUUCAAGCCAGCACGAUUUGUGAGCCAAGGAACUGGACUACCCAGAGAAAAUUCUCACUGUGUAUAUGAAAUAUUCCAAACAUAAAGGAGAUGGGGGUGGCAUAUGCUGAAGCUACAGAAACACCUGAAAAUAUUUCAGAUGAAGAGAAGACUUCAUGUGAAUGUACUGAGGGGGAAAGUAAAACUGAAAUGAGAUCAACACAGCCACCAAAGUUGAGAAAAACCUUUAUUCAACUAUUCCUAAAGAGUGCUGAUCACGAGAGGAAUGAGGAUAUCAAAGGGCAAAAACAAAGAGAGCGUAGAAGCCAUGUUUUCAGGUUUCCCUGCCUAAGAUCUGCGGAAAAACAAGAGAAAUUAAAUAGGGCACGAGAGAGGAAAAAUGAGAACCAUAGUAUAGAGCAAAGGGACUGCGGGUCAAAUUCUAAAGUACCUCUGCUGAGAAAAAUUAGAAAAUACAUGGUAAAAAGUGAAGGGGAAAGAACAUCCAAAUUCAUAGAAGAGAUAACUGACGAGUCCCAGGCAUGUGGGAAAGAUUUACAAAUUAAGACAGUAAGAAAAUGCAACAUAAAAAGGGAAAGCAAAAAAGAAGCUCUCAAAGGCAUUCUACAAAAAAAGAAUGAAAAUAAAUGUGAGGUACUAAAAGGUAGAAUGCCAAGAGACUGUUCAGAAAAUAAAGGUUUAUUGGAGAGAGAUAGUGGAAUAGAUGAGCAAGAGACAAGGUCAGCAGAAAGCACAGAUUUGAGGAAUACCUUUUUGGAGCAAGAGGGACAGACUGAGUUGGAUAAAUUCAAGGAAGUAAAAUGUUGUCUUAACAAAAUGCAGUCAGACAGCAAUGAAUACUAUUCAAAUUCCAACCAAAAACGCAAAAACUCACUAAAAAUGCAUUCAGAGUUUGAAGACUGCAAAAUUCAAUGUACAGAUUUAAAGGAGAAAGAUACCCAAAUGGGGGUAAGAGAACCUUCCACCCAGGGAGAAUUUCAUUUUCAGAAUAACUUGCAGGAGAAUGAGAUACCAAAAAAAGAAAUGUGUGAUAGUGAUCAGUUGUUAAUCGAAGACAAAUUGAUAUUUAAUAACAGUGAUAGUAAAUCCAUCAAAGAAGCAACAUGCGAAACAGAGAGACUUAUACAAUCUAAAGAUAAGCAGGCUCAAAGAGGAACAUUUGGUCUUACACCACAGGAAACAAAGGAUGAGCACAGUCCUCCAUAUAGUCCCAAAGGCAAGGAGAUUAUACAAGAGAACGCCUUUAGCAAUGAAUACCAAAGUAUUUCCCAGAGUGGGCAUUUAGGGGAAUCCAAGAAGAAAACAGGAGAUUUAUCAGUGUUGACAGAUAACAGCAAUUUUGCAGAGCUUGAAACAACAGAACCAGAUUCCAUAGAACAUUGUGAAGAAAAAAAAUUAGAUCCCGACCCGAAGCAUUACAGCAAUAAAGAACCAAACUCUGACAUUUCUCACCAUAAGUCAUCCCAAAAAGGUGCUUUUGAGGACACAAGGUGGAAAAUAAUGAGAGAAGAAGUGGAGACCAUGGUCCAUGUGAUGAUGAAUGAAGCAUCCCAAAAGCUGAGUUGCUACAUUUCUGAAACCAACAGCACAUAAUAACAUUACUAGAUAUACCAGUGUUUAGCUCUGCCACAGAUACAAUUAUUUGUUUGUCUUUUGUAAUUCUUGUUAGUUUAAACAAUCUCCCUACCCUGAAAUGCAAAGUGUAUAUUAUAAACCCUGUACAGAUAAGCUGCAUGGAAACAAUAGUGGCACUGCUAAAAUAAAGACUGAUUAAACCAACCUACAGAAAUUGCCUUAUUCAAAAGCCAGUCAUACCAAUACUAUGGCAAAGGACUGUGAGAAUUUGUUAUAUCUAUACUAUGUGAACUCCUAGAAUAAAAGAUUUCUCACUGCAGCCACUUUAGUGGGCUUGGUGGAUGAUUCACACCUACAUGUUGCUGAUGCCCCUCAUACUCAAAAAAAAGAAUUUAGGAAGUAAAAAAAAAAG